AUUUAAACAGCACCAACUUACCAAAAUAUGCAAAGUAAUUAUUUCGGGAGCCUCCAAGGGAGGGAUACUAUUGUCAUUUCACAUUAUCUGGUACGGUUACGAGACUUGACCAGCGAUGAGCCCGAGACCAUUGCCGAGCUCCAUUCUGCUCCAUUGUAUAUCGCCAUGUGACUUUCUCUCUCUGUCUACUCUGCAAAUCCUUUUUUUUUUUUUUCUUUCUUUUCAUUUCUUUUCUUUAUGAAUCCAUUGGGUUCGAACCAAACCCAUGACAUGAGAGAAUGAUGAGAACCAGAUCACCAAUCUUGAGCCUAAUGUAAUAAACUAUUCUGUAACGAUUCAUUCUUGAGAUUUUUUUUUUCCUGUCUUCCCCUAACGACUCUUUCUCUACAUUUCUCCCAAUCUCUAUCCCUUGAUUUCUACUUCUCAAUCAUCAUCAUCACCAACCAGAAAACACAAGAAGAAAGCUUCGUUUCAUCUUCCCUUCUUGUUAAAAAAUCAAGCAAUGUCGCUUGACAUUAAGAGACCUAACAGCAACAAGACGAAGAAGAAAAUGGGUUUCAUCGUCAAAAUGCAGCUUCAUAACAACAACAACAGAGGAGGAAGCAACAAAAGAAAUCUCUUCUUCGUCUUCUUCAGAAGCUAUUACAGAUGGAUCCUCUGGUUUUUCCUCUCCCUCUAUUUCUUCACAUCUUACUUCGCCGGAGACCAAUCCUCUCCGUCGUCGACCACCACAACCCGUCUCUUGUCUAACCAUAAUCCAUCUUCGUCUCUCCCAUCUCGCGCUCUCAUCGAAUCUUCCGCCAUUGUCACACCAGGUAUAUUCAGCGGAAUGAAGAUAUACAUUUACGAUUUACCGGCGAGAUUCAACGUCGAUUGGGUAACGAAAUCAGACCGGUGCGCCACUCACCUCUUCGCGGCGGAGGUAGCGAUCCACCGAGCGCUCCUCUCCGAUUCCUCCGUGCGUACGUUAGACCCAGAAGAAGCCGAUUUCUUCUUCGUCCCCGUCUACGUCUCCUGCAACUUCUCCACCUCCAACGGCUUCCCUUCUCUUAGCCACGCUCGCUCCCUCCUCGGCUCCGCCGUCGAUUUCCUCUCCGACCAAUACCCGUUUUGGAACCGGACUCAAGGCUCCGACCACGUCUUCGUCGCUUCCCAUGACUUCGGCGCGUGCUUCCACGCUAUGGAGGAUAUGGCGAUUGAGGAAGGGAUUCCGGAAUUUAUGAAGAAAUCGAUAAUUUUACAGACAUUUGGAGUUAAUUACAAGCAUCCAUGUCAAGAAGCUGAGCAUGUGGUGAUCCCGCCUUAUAUUCCGCCGGAGAGUGUACAGAGAGCAAUGGACAGAGCUCCGGCGAACGGACGGCGAGACAUUUGGGCGUUUUUCCGGGGAAAGAUGGAAGUCAACCCUAAGAAUAUAAGCGGACGCUUUUACAGCAAGGGAGUGAGGACGGCGAUUCUGAAGAAAUACGGCGGGAGAAGACGGUUUUAUCUUAACCGGCACCGGUUUGCUGGAUACCGUUCUGAAAUCGUGCGAUCGGUGUUUUGUCUCUGUCCUCUUGGGUGGGCUCCAUGGAGUCCUCGGCUAGUGGAAUCCGCUGUGUUAGGGUGCGUACCCGUGGUGAUCGCCGAUGGGAUUAAGCUACCGUUCUCGGAGACGGUGCGGUGGCCGGAGAUCUCUCUCACGGUGGCGGAGAAAGACGUGAAAAAUCUACGGAAGAUAUUAGAGCACGUGGCGGUGACUAAUUUGUCUGUGAUACAGAGAAACUUACGAGAGCCGGCGUUUAAGCGGGCCCUCUUGUACAAUGUGCCCAUGAAGGAAGGAGACGCCACGUGGCAUAUUCUCGAGGCGUUGUGGAGGAAGCUCGAUCGGUCGUACAGGAGGUCAAGGGUUUUGAGCGAAUGAAUAUUCGACACGUAAGAUGCUGUGCGGUAAAUGGAUGCUAGGCUGGAAUUUUCGGACUUUUUCGGAAUUGGAAAAACCGGAAUGUCUCGUGUAGGGUCCACAACGUGAGAGGGUUAACUCGAACACGUGAGAUGUCUGCUGCUGACCUGGCUUUCACUGAGUGGAUCGACACGUGACUCAGGGAAGUGAAAGUGUAAAGUAUGCUGACGUGUAAUUCUUUGGAUGAUUAGGCAUAUAAUUCUUUGAAUAUAAAAGACUUGUAGAUGGAAA